AUGUGUGCGCGUUUACUAAUUUGUACCAUUACAAUUAUGGUGAUCGCAGUGGAUCGAGCAAAUGCUGUAAUGACGAUGGAACAAAUUGAAAAAGCUGCUGCUACUAUGCGAAAUUCGUGUACAACAAAAUCUCACGCAGACGCCGGAGCUGUUGCAGCAAUACAAAAAGGCGAAUUUCCAGAUGAUAAUCAACCAUUAAAAUGCUAUACACUAUGUGUAAUGAAGACAAUGCGAACUUUUAAAAAUGGACGCGUAGAUGAUGUCAUGAUGAUUAAACAAAUGGAUCUAAUGAUGCCACCUGACAUGGCAGCUCCUUUAAAAGUAUCUUUGACUAAAUGUGCAGCAGAACCACCUGCUGGCGAUGAUUGCGAAACAACUUAUCAGUUUGUAAAAUGCAGCUAUCAAACGGAUCCGAAUCACUUUUUCUUUCCUUAAUUGAUGUCAAACGAA